CAUCUCCCCAAAUACAAAGACAUCAUCUCCAAAAGUGUUCAGAUCCGUUCAGGACCUCCUGCUGUCUACCAGCUGAGACCAAAGGAAACUAAGAUCGGUUCUCUGACUAGAAAGACUGUCGGUGAAAAAAACAUGAACAAGGCAAAUAAAAACAUCUUACUUGUGGGUGAAACAGGAGCAGGAAAAUCUACUCUGAUCAACUCUAUGGUCAACUACACCAUGGGAGUGAAGUGUGACGAUAAAGUCUGGUUUCAGAUCGUAGAGGAUGAGAAGAGAAGUCAGGCAGAAAGUCAGACAUCAGAUGUGAUCGUGUACGAGAUCUUUGGUUUUGAAGAUGAAACUCUGCCCUACUCUCUGACCAUCAUCGAUACUCCUGGAUAUGGAGACACCAGAGGGACUGAAAAAGAUGACAUCGUCAUUAAAAGGUUGUUUGAAUUAUUUCGAGCAGAGGAUGGAGUUCAUGAAGUUCAUGCAGUGGGUCUGGUGAUGAAGGCAGCUUUGAAUCGAGUGAGUGACCGUCAGAAGUACAUCUUUGAUUCAGUGAUGUCUCUCUUUGGAAAAGAUGUGGAGAAAAACAUCGUAGCUCUGAUCACACACUCAGAUGGAAUGCCAGCUAAAAAUGUUCUUGAGGCUCUUCAAGCAGCAAACAUUAAAUGUGCCAUAAAUGAGAAGAACCAGCCUGCUCACUUCCUGUUUAAUAACUGCCUGAACACAGCAAUAACAGAGGAAAAUGAGUUUGGUUUGGACACAGCAUGGAGGGUGACAGAGAGGGAAUGA